CCGAGAGUUUGCGGCGCUGGAAUCACUCUCAAGUAUAUCUUGUCAGAAAAUGUCUUUUCCGAAGUCGCCUCCCCUAUCUCUUCAUCGUACGCCGAUUGAUGUUGGUUUGGUUGAAUGGUGGCCUCCGUUUACCUCCCAGCGCUCCCAUCCUCCGGCGCGGGCUCUGGAGACCUGCCCUUCUUGUCACUCGGGCUCCCUGCCCGACAAAUCAGAGAGCAGCAGUUUUUCCAGCCAACCUGGCAUGAUAGCUGGCGCAUGCGCUGCCUACACCCAAACGUCCAGAACCCGAUCGAAUUUGUUCCUUGGCCGUGCAGCCCCUGUCCCAGUUAUUAGAAAUCCCGCCCGUUGCCCCUCUUUGCAAAUGGAUGCGAAUAUCAACCGAGUUCCUUGGGAGAGAGGAGUGAGGGCCCCACGUAAAGUCUGAAACACAUGCUGGAGAACAAGCUGAAUGUUCGGAAAAAAGUCCGCGUGGAAAUGAUGCUGCAUCGGCAGUAGUGUACUCAAGCAGCACGAGCAGGUACAAGGCAGGUUUCUCGAGCAAAGGAAGAGGAGUCGACUCAGAAACAGCCUGGCCUCUUCAUGCCAGGCCCGGCGUCAAAUCAAUGGGAGGGAGUCGAAGUGAGGCGCCGCACGAAACGAGCGGGCGGAUCAGGUUCAGAUUCGAGCGGUCGGGUGUUCCUUACCUCCUGGCUAACAUAUGGUCCCCUGCUAGUCACUCUAGUUCCACAUUUUAAUAACGGCCAGGACACUUACAGUGGUUAGCUGCAGUUAGUGCAGCAGCUCC